AAAGCUGGAAAUCUGUAGCAUACUGCACAAGUUUCAGGUAGUUUAACAGGUUGGAAAGUGUCCCAUUUCUAGUGACUUGGUUGGUUUGAGCCUCUUCCAAGCAUCUCAGCUGUCUGGAGUCUUCUAGGCAGCUUGGAUGGCCUCUGCUUCAUCCAGGUUGCUAGGCUACUCUGCUUCUUCCAGGCAGUCUAUCUUUAUUAUGGUUUGUCUUGUCUGAGAGUGAGUCUAAACAGUCUCUGAUGCUUAUGUAUUUUGGAGAGGAAAGGGCCUGGUUGACUAUGGGACUCACUGCAUGGAAGUUAGUCAGACAGAUUUUGCCCAGAAUGUCCUCAAUAGUUAGCUUAAAUUUCUAAAUGAAACUUCAUCGUUUUUUUAGAUCAGCAAGGCUCACUUCAAACACACAACCCUUGAGGCCAUAACAUACAGUUUUAGUUCUCAAGGCAUUUUCUCUCUUGGACUGGCUCCAUUCCCUGUAUGCAGCUUUCCUUGGCAGGUAUCUCACGAUACUAGAUCCCUAGCCUCUUGGUACCUCUAACCCAAUCCAGGCUUCACAUUCACAGCUUCACAAAAUGACCUCUCAGGAUUUCUUGCCCUCUUGGGGCCUUCAUGUAAGCACUGCCCUACCACAUAUUGUCUGACUUCAGCAUCUCUCCCUAACUGCAGAGGAAGAUUCCAUAACCUCUUUACUCAUGUAUGCUUCAUGUAUCUAUUGCCAAGUUUAGCUACUACCAUGGGGUGAGCCUUGGCCCCUCCAAUCACAUUUUCAGCAGAUUUGAUGUGUUUUCCCUUUCUAGGAGCAGGAAAUCCUUUUACAAGUUGGAAGUUUAGCUGGUUGGAGUCUUGCCCUCCCUUUAUUCCAGUGCAGAUCAGGACAUACACACCUUGAACUCCUUAUCUCUUUCAGCCUUAACUCCAACAUUAUAUUUCCUGGUGAUCUUUUUCUUUUCAAAUUGUGCAUUUGCAUUUCUUUCUUGCCCUACUUGCUUUCUUUCAUUGUAGAUUUGCAUAAGGGUGAUUUUUAAUAACCAUCUGACAAAGUCAGUAUUAGGCUGUCUUGAAAAUUCCUGCACCAAAGAAAUUCUCAUUACUUUCUAAUUUAGCCUCAGACAGAUUCUUAGGAUGAAGGCAGAAGGUGGCCACAUUCUUGGCCAAAGUAUCACAGAAAUGACUGCCUCUAGCCUAGGUGCUGUUAAAGUCCUUCCUUCCCUCUGAAGCCUCUUGAGCUAGGCCUCCAUAUGGCUUUCAGUGCUUCUGUCUUUAGACUCCUACUAGGAUGGCCCAUUAAGCUCUGCUUAAAACAUUCAAUCAGUUUUCUAGUUCAAAGUCUUCCAAGUUCCUCAAAAACAACAAAACAAACAAAACAACGACACAGUCAGCUCUGCCACAGCAGUAGCCCACUUCCUGGUACCAACUGUGGUCUUAAUUAGGUUUCUAUGCUGUGAUAAAACAUGGCCAAGGCAACUAAACAAAAGAAAAGUGUAUUUUCAGAGGGUUAGAGUCCAUGAUGACAGAGCAAAUGCGUGAUGGUAGGAACGACUGAGAGUUCACCUCUUAGAGCUGAAAGCAGUAGGCAGAGAAGACACUGGGAAUAGCACAAGUCUUUUUCAACCUCAAACCCUGCCCCCAGUGAUACACCUCUUCCAACAAAGCCACACCUCCUUUUUUGUUAUUUUCGAGACAGGGUUUCUCUGUAUAGUCCUGACUGUCCUGGAACUCAACUUUGUAGGCCAGGAUGGCCUCAAACUCAUAGAUAACCUGGAUCUGCCUCCUGAGUGCUGGGAUAAAAGACACGUUCCACCACUGCCUCGGUGAAUGUUACAGCUAUAAAAAGUUCUUUUGUCAUCAGGGGAUGUGCUUGCAGCAGCAGGCUCUGCAGGGAAGACUGACUUCGUUUUCCCCAAGGCUGUGUUCAAAACCUCCCAAAGGGUUUGAGAAAUUUUUUAAGAAUAAGAAGAAUGGAAGAAGUACAGACCCAGGAAACUCAGUAGCUCCCAAAAAAGAAUCUGUAGAACCAAAGAACGCUGGGCCUGGAGGAGAUGGAGGCAAGAGAGGAGGGAAGCGAGAUGACUUUGCCUGGUGGAAACGGAUGCAGAAGGGGGAGUUUCCCUGGGAUGACAAGGAUUUCCGGAGUCUGGCUGUUUUGGGGGCAGGAGUGGCUAUGGGAUUUUUAUAUUUCUAUUUUCGAGAUCCUGGAAAAGAGAUCACCUGGAAGCACUUUGUACAGUAUUACCUAGCCAGAGGUCUGGUGGAUCGGCUGGAAGUUGUGAACAAGCAAUUUGUGCGUGUUAUUCCUGUUCCUGGGACAACAUCCGAGAAGUUCGUGUGGUUUAACAUUGGUAGUGUUGACACCUUUGAGCGGAACCUUGAGUCUGCUCAGUGGGAGCUGGGGAUUGAGCCCACCAACCAGGCUGCGGUGGUCUAUACUACUGAGAGUGAUGGUUCUCUUCUCCGAAGCCUAGUGCCCACCCUGGUCCUGGUUAGCAUCCUCCUGUAUGCUAUGAAGAGGGGUCCGAUGGGGACUGGCCGUGGUGGGCGAGGAGGAGGCCUCUUCAGUGUUGGGGAGACAACUGCCAAGAUCUUAAAAAACAACAUUGAUGUGCGAUUCGCAGAUGUGGCUGGCUGUGAAGAAGCCAAAUUGGAAAUUAUGGAGUUUGUGAAUUUCCUGAAGAACCCAAAGCAAUAUCAGGACUUAGGAGCCAAAAUUCCAAAGGGAGCAAUGCUCACUGGCCCACCUGGUACUGGCAAAACGCUUCUUGCAAAAGCAACUGCUGGGGAGGCCAAUGUGCCCUUCAUCACUGUGAAUGGGUCAGAGUUCCUGGAAAUGUUUGUUGGUGUUGGGCCAGCACGGGUUCGUGACAUGUUUGCAAUGGCCCGAAAAAAUGCUCCUUGUAUUUUAUUCAUUGAUGAGAUUGAUGCAAUUGGCAGGAAGCGAGGCCGUGGUCACCUGGGAGGCCAGAGUGAGCAGGAGAACACUUUAAACCAGAUGCUUGUGGAGAUGGACGGGUUCAACUCUACCACUAAUGUGGUAGUGCUAGCUGGCACCAAUCGCCCUGAUAUCCUUGACCCAGCCCUGACACGACCUGGCCGGUUUGACCGCCAGAUCUACAUUGGUCCCCCUGAUAUCAAAGGCAGGUCCUCUAUUUUCAAGGUCCACUUGCGUCCACUCAAGCUAGAUGAACGCCUCACCAAAGAUGCUCUUUCGAGAAAGCUAGCAGCUCUUACUCCAGGCUUUACUGGUGCUGAUAUUUCCAAUGUGUGCAAUGAAGCAGCACUGAUUGCCGCCCGCCAUCUUAGCCCUUCUGUCCAGGAGCAGCACUUUGAGAAAGCCAUCGAGAGGGUCAUUGGAGGCCUUGAAAAGAAGACCCAGGUCCUACAACCCAACGAAAAGACAACUGUAGCCUACCAUGAAGCUGGGCAUGCAGUGGUGGGCUGGUUCUUAGAACAUGCAGACCCUCUGCUGAAGGUGUCCAUCAUACCUCGGGGCAAGGGGCUUGGCUAUGCCCAGUACCUUCCCCGUGAGCAGUACCUCUACACACGGGAGCAGCUCUUCGACCGAAUGUGUAUGAUGCUGGGGGGUAGGGUGGCUGAGCAGCUGUUCUUUGGUCAGAUCACUACCGGGGCUCAGGAUGACCUGAGGAAGGUCACCCAGAGUGCCUAUGCCCAGAUUGUGCAGUUUGGAAUGAGUGAGAAGCUGGGUCAGGUAUCCUUUGACCUCCCCAGACAAGGUGAAACCAUGGUGGAGAAGCCAUACAGUGAAGCAACUGCCCAACUCAUUGAUGAGGAGGUCCGGCGCCUUGUCAGGUCUGCCUAUGAUCGGACCUUGGAGCUGCUUACACAGUGCCGGGAACAGGUAGAGAAGGUGAGCAGGCGACUCCUGGAGAAAGAAGUGCUGGAGAAGGCCGACAUGAUAGAGCUCUUGGGCCCUCGGCCCUUUGCAGAGAAGUCUACCUAUGAGGAAUUUGUAGAGGGCACCGGCAGUCUAGAGGAGGACACAUCCCUUCCUGAGGGACUGAAAGACUGGAAUCAAGGACGGGAGGAAGGAGGCACUGAACGGUGCUUACAGGAGAGCCCUGCAUAGCCAUGGCCUGUGAGUGGCCACCUAUGACCACUGUUGACUGGGAACUGCUCAGCCUUUGCAGAACAGCUGUCAGAGUAACUAAAACAAAUUAAAACAAGUGACAACUGCAAACAAAUGUUCUAGGUAAGAGCAUUCAGAAUCCACAGAAGAGGAGCUAGGGCUUGGCAGUAUCCAGCCAAGGCAAUAGCUAAGGGAUCAAAGACCCUGGACCUAGAGGCCUGUCAGUUCAGAUAGGAGAGGGAGUUAGACGCUGGCUUCUAUGAAGCCAUGAGUGCUGUCUUUUUGGGGAUUCGAUGUGUAGGGCCACUAGCUACAUCACACUCUCAGUAGACACAGAACUGAUUCAGUUUCCAAGUGUGCUGCCUUAUAGCUUGCCUCUGAGGUAAUUGCUCAGAGGAUAAGCCUUGACCCAACACAGAUAAAGUUUGGUGAAAAAUUAAUGAAAAUGUAAGCCAGUUAUCAAGGGAAGGCUAGGUUCUUAAGCUGAUCAGACCUUCGGAAAGAAAGCCAGCACACCUGCAGAUCUCUGGCUAACGAGAGGGAGUAUGACCAUUCCUGGCUUUGAUGGCAACAUCAGAAAUUUUAUUAGUCAGACCUGGCAUCUAGCCUUGGGAAUUGUCUGCUUCAUUGAUAGAGUGUCAAAUCUCAUUCCAUUUUAUAGCAGUCCUUUCCCCAGCACCCUCCCCCACUUUUGAAUCUCUAAAAGGGUUGAUUUGGCCUGAGCCCUCUGGCUCUGGUGCUUAUUCAUUAACCAUUUUGUUGUAGGACAGCUCUUGAGUAAAGGAAGGGCUUUGUGACUCCCAAGCCUCCUUGGGCUAAAAGAGGCAUCUUUUUUUGUUGAUCUGGGAUGUGGUGAGGCCUGCACUCGAGACCUUAAUAAUGCUUGGAGUCCUGGGGUUCCAUGAGUGUGUAUACUUCCUCCAGGGUUCCCUGGGAUCACAGAUUUCAGGGGUGUACCAUCAGCUGCAUCAGCCAACUCUUCAAGUUUGCUCAUGGCCCUGGGGAGGAAUCCAUUUGCUCCCUUGACUUUUUAAAAGUGUAUGUAUACCUACAGAUGUUCAUGUAUACAUAUGCAUGUGUGCAUAUGAUUACAUGUGUCCAUAUGAUUAUGUGCAGGCCAGAGGUUAACAUAGUAUGCCUUCCUCA